AUGGAUUGCGGAGACUCCAAGGUACGUAAAGAUACUAGUUUGAUCAUUUAUUUUGAGUCUCGAAUGAAUCUGGUGGAUGCUCUCGCAUGUGUUCGGGUACUCUUCUCCCAUAAAACUGAGGAGAGCAGAGCACAGAAACAAACUGUUUAUGCAAACAAUGGUGAUCCAAAGAUGACAACAACAGGAAAGAAGCGAUUGCAAGUUGAAAAAGCAACAAAGGCAGGAGUUGAAGGGUCAAAGGCAGCAGAGGGACGUACCCACACCAAUCCUUAUUUGCUUUUCCUGUACGUAUUUUACAACGAAUAUAGUUACUUUGUUAAUGUGUUUACUAGCGACAGUAAAGGUUAUCUUAAAGAAGCGAAAGCUGCGAAUAAGAGUCCAAGGUUUUUAAUUGGACAGCAUACCAAAGUAGCUGCGGAAAUAUGGAAGCAGAUGUCUGAUGCGGAAAGAGCCCCAUUUGUGGACAAGACCAAUGAAAGAAAAUCCCGCAUUAAAAAGCAAAUUCCGAAGGAAAAAAAGAAAAAUGCUUCGCCGGUAUUUCGCAGUCGGUGCUCGCCGUUGAAGUUGGUCAAAGUAAAUGAGGCAUUGACCAAAGCCCAACAAGAUGCUGUUCAAAGAGUGGGUUUUGGUUCAAUGCUUCAAUUGAAGUGUACAAUGUUGAACCGUGAUUUUAUAAGUCGGUUAGUUAAGCAUUUCAACCCUGUCACCAAGAGCUUGGAGUUUGGGAGGGUCAGGGUUUAUACAAUCACGCCUGAUGAUGUUCGAAGGGCGCUAGGGCUAUUUUGUGGAACGAUACCAGUUCCGACGGACACUCAAGACCCCCACUUUGAACACAUUACAAAGAUGUUUGGGAAAAACAAUAAACCGUUGAAGAGAGGAGUCACAUUUGCGAUGAUGCAACAAGUAUUCAAUAAAAAGAAAGCUGAUGUGAAGUUCCAAACGUCGUACGUGCUGUUUGUGCUUUCUUGUUUCUUGUGUCCAACCACGAAGGAUGUGGCUGCCACAAAAUUUUACCCGGCAGUGCACAAUAUAUUGCAAACUCCUACAUAUGCAUGGGCAGAAUUUGUGCUUGAUUGGUUGGUGAAUGAAAUUGCGAAGUACAAGAAGAGAUGUGGCAAGGUUGGUGGUGGUAAGAAGGAUUCUCUUGGCGUUGCUGGUUGUGUGUUACUUCUAAUGCUGAUAUAUUUUGACAAACACCCAAUGGGUAUGAAGGUUGGGAGUGAAGGUGAACCCCUUAUUCAGUCAUGGACGACAAAGUUAAUAAAAGAACGUAUUGCAAAGGAUGAGACGUUGGAGUUGGUUGAUCCAAUUGCUGAGCAAUUCCCUAAGGCUUCUUAUCGGCAUCCGUGCACAAUUGCUGCGUAUCAUGAUUUGAAGAAAAAUUUCCUCAACCAAAUGCAACAUCUUGAUGCCUUGGAAAGCGCAUUGAUGGGUGAUGUUCCCAAAACAUGCACACCAAGUCCGUCAAAAAGGAAGCCCUCCACGAAGAGAAAGAAUCGAAAUGAAGAUGAUGUUGAGAUGGGUGAUGUACAUAUGGACGUGGAGGAUUUUCCUUCAACCUCCACUGUCAAUCCGAAGAAGGUUAGGCAUGGGGUAGACGUGGAGGACAUGGAUGGCAGCCGCAUGAGUGGCCUUUUAUUUGCCCGGGAAAUGCCAUUGUACUCUCCGGAGGCUUUCCAAGUGGAUGUUGUACAAAAUGCGCAACAUGUGGAGCUAGAAGAAGAAACUGUGGUGGAAAACGAAGAACAAGAAGUCGCAUUGACUCCGCCAUUGAACAAAAGGCCAUGUACACGUGUUCAGAAAAGUAAGUCCGUAACCCGACCAUCUACGAAACGGGGUACGAGGACUUUCAAACCAAGUAAAGCGACAAGAACGCCGUACGUGGCUCCACCGGAGGUCAAACUAUCAAAGCUCACAAAACAAGAAAGUCAAGUGUGGGCGUAUGUUAUGCAACCACCAAACAAAACAGGAGAAGAGGACUAUGUUGUGAAAAUGGACGGCGGGAAGAUCCAUUUAUCGCAUGAUAUGUUACACGAAGUAUUCAAACCAAGGGGUCAUAUGUCCACUAUGGUGAUGACAACGAUGACCGAAUGGUUGAUGAAACAAGAAAAGGCAAAGGCCCCAAUCAAAGACGGGGUCCCUCGUCCAACACGACACAUGUUUUCAAGUUCAUUUGUGAACAAUUUGUUGAAUUUCGAUAAAGUACAAGAUCAGAAGGUCAUUGAAGAUCCAGUGGAUGCAAACAUGUUGGGAUACGAUGUGGCAAUGUGCAAUCUGCUGUUUCUACCGGUGUUGCUGAAUGAUAUUGAACAUUGGUAUUGUGUUGUUGUCAACUUGGUGGAUAAGCGGAUUGAAGUUCUUGACUCAAUGGUAUUACAAACUACCGAUAAGAAGGUAGCUAAUGCUACAGUGGUAAGGAUGUUGUUCAACGUAUUGAGUCGGACUCGGUCAAGGCAACAACUACAUACCCCAUGGAAUGACUGGCAUGUCCAUGAACCAGAAGUCCCACAGCAAUCGAACACGUGA